UGGUGGAGCUGGGUGACGUCAGUCUGGCACUGCGGAGUCAGGAGCGGCGGCUCCCUAUAAGCCCGGCGCUGUCCGAGUGCUGAACGGCCGGCCCGGGCAUCUCGUCCAGCACACUGGGAGCAUGCUGUGGACCUUCUCCGCCAUAUAGGAAAAGAGGAAAUCUUUCAAACAUGGCAGAAGCCAAGAUUCACCAGCUUGGAGCAACCGUGUCUCUCAUCUCUUUAAUUAUCCUCAUCUAUGGAGCGGAAGCAGCUUCAUUUCAGAGAAACCAGCUGCUUCAGAAGGAACCAGACCUGAAAUUGGAAAAUGUUCCACGGUCUCCCAAUCCUGAGAUGAUCAGGGCUUUGGAGUACAUAGAAAAGCUCCGGCAACAAGCUCACAAAGAAGAGAGCAGCCCAGACUACAAUCCUUACCCAGGUGUCUUAGCAUCCCUCCUGCGCAAAGAAAAUGGUGAUGAAAGUCACGUGGCAGAAAGUCCACGGGAUUCCCUAACUGAAGAUGAAUGGAUGAGGAUAAUACUUGAAGCUUUGAGACAGGCUGAAAAUGACCCUCUGUCUGCACCCAAAGAAAACAAGCUCUAUGCCUUGAAUUCAGAGAAGAAUUUUCCAGUGGAUGUGACUGAUGACUAUGACACUCAACAGUGGCCAGAGAGGAAGCUCAAGUACACCAGUUUCCUUCCGAUGUACGAAGAGGAUUCCAGAGACAACCCCUUUAAGCGCACCAAUGAAAUCGUGGAGGAACAGUACACGCCUCAAAGUCUUGCUACACUGGAAUCUGUCUUCCAAGAGCUGGGGAAAAUGACCAGUCCCAACAACCGGAAGCGUGAGAGGGUCGAUGAGGAUCAGAAACUUUACACUGAUGAUGAAGAUGAUAUGUACAAGGCUAAUAACAUUGCCUAUGAAGACGUGGUGGGGGGUGAAGAUUGGAACCCAGCAGAAGAGAAAAUAGAGAGUCAAACUCAAGAAGAGGUGAGAGACAACAAAGAGAACAAGGAAAAAAGUGAGCCAAUCAAUGAUGAAAUGAAGCGCUCAGGGCAACUGAGUCUGCAGGAUGAAGACUUCCAGAAGGAGAAUCCAGAGCAACUGUCCGAAGAUGUCUCCAAAGUAAUCACCUACCUGAAAAGGUUAGUGAAUGCUGCUGGGACUGGGAAAUCACAAAAUGGGCAGACAGGGGAAAGGGCCACCAGGUUUUUAGAGAAACCACUUGAUUCUCAGUCCAUUUAUCAGCUGAUUGAAAUUUCAAGGAAUUUGCAGAUCCCUCCUGAAGAUUUAAUUGACAUGCUCAAAAAUGGGGAGAAGCCGGGUGGUUCAGUGGAACCAGAGCAGGAGUUUGAACUUCCUGCAGACCUGGAUGACAUGUCUGAGUUUGACCUGGACCGCCCUGACAUGUUCCAAAAUAAGAUGCUUUCCAGAAAUGGCUCCCCCCAAACACCUGGUCGUGUGAUGGCAGAGGCCCUACCAGAUGGGCUCAGUGUAGAGGACGUUUUAAAUCUUUUAGGGAUGGAGGGUGCAGGAAAUCCAAAGCCUCCCUAUUUCCCCAACCGAGAGAAAGCUCUGCCAAGACUUCCCUAUGUUCCUGGAAGAUCUAGAGCCAACCAGCUUCCCAAAGCUGCCUGGAUGCCAGAUGUGGAAAACAGCCAAAUGGCAUAUGACAAGCUGAAUGACAAGGAUCAAGAUCUGGGUGAGUACCUGGCCAGGAUGCUAGUUAAAUACCCGGAGAUCCUGAAUUCGAACCAGAUGAAGCGAGUUCCUAACCUGGGCUCCUCGGAAGAUGACCUCCAGGAAGAAGAGCAAAUUGAUCAGGCCACCAAAGAGCAGGGGAAUCAAGGCAGUUCUCCAGAGACUGACAAGCUGGCCUCAGUAAGCAAGAGGCUCCCCGCGGGGCCCCCGAAGAGUGAUGAUAGCACAAACAAGCAGUACUUGGAUGAAGAUCUGUUGAUGAAAGUGCUGGAAUACCUCAACCAAGAAAAGGCAGAGAAGGGAAGGGAGCAUGUUGCAAAGAGAGCAAUGGAAAACAUGUAAGCAGCCUUCAUUCAUUGCCUCCUUCACUCUUCCUCCCCAAGCGAACCCCCACUAUUUCUCCUUAGUGUGUUGACUUCUAUCCUGUUAGCACUGUAAUAUCUUUAAGUGACGUGCAGAUGAGCACUUCCAUUUCACUGGGGUGUCUGCUCCACUUCCUCUGAGCUGUUCUCUUGUGUAUGGAUAUGUGUAAAUGUUAUGACUACUGGAUAAAAAAAUUUAAUCAUACCCUCUACUCAAGAAAGAUAUCCAUGAUAGUGCAUCUAAUGGUUGUGGCAUUGUUGAUGCUAACAAAUGAUAAAGUGUUCUAUAAUUCUCUUGAAAGUUUUUAAUAUUUAUUGAAUUAUUUUGUUACCCUCUGUAGUGUUUUGUGGAGUUCUGGAGCAAAAUAAUAAAGCAUUAUAAAUAUAUAGUUUUAUUUAUAAGGCCUUUUCCAUUGUGUGUUUUAUGGUUGAUUAAUAAAUGUUAUUUCUGGACAA